UUGAUUAUGCCAAGCUUGACCAUCCAAUAAAUCCCCUGUUUCUUGCCUCCUUCGUCACCCUAUCACUCUCUUCUACGUCUCAUAUAAACCAAGCCAAUCCAGCCCAGGCAAGGUGUUAAUCGCGAUCUCCGAUUUCCGACUCUCUCCAUAGAUGGCAUCGGCGGGCAUUCGUUGUCACGGGAACCACCAUUUCAUCAAUAGCCGCUGGCCGGGAAACACUCAACCGAUUAAUCAGAAUGCUCGUGUUGGGCUGUGUUCCCUCGCGAUCGAUGCCUGUUCCAGACGGAAACAAUGGAGGAUUUGUUCGGUUUCGAUGGGGACGGGAAUGGGAAUGGCGGUGACAAAGCAUAAGAAUAAGAUCAAUGACGGUGAUGACGUGGCGGUUGUAUAUGAGAAGAUGGAUGAGUGGAUGAAAGAUUCAGUGGUGGAGAUUGUGAAGAAUUUACGAGAAGCGCCUUUGUUAGUCCAGGUUGACGAUAAAGGAGAAACGACGACGUUGAAGACGGAAAAGGCAGUGGAGGAAGAAUCUUGGCCAUUAGUGAUGGAAAGAUGGGGGAAAAGAGAAGCGCCAUUACCUGAAGGGUUGAUAUUCGUGGAGCAAUUGGAGAAAGACGAGGAAGAGGAAGAGAAAGAGGAAGAGGAAGCGGAAGCGACGACGAGGGCGUGGGGAGUAGUGAUACAAGGGAAAGGGGUGGAUUGUGGGCCGGUGUGUUACUUGUUGAAGACGAGCAGAAAAGAAAGCGUAGUUGAUGAUGUCCAGAGACAUGAGAAUGGAAUAUUCAACAGCACAUCACAGAAGCUCGUCUUUUGUAGUACUGUAAUGGGUAGGCGACAUGUGAUGGUGAGCAAGGCAGAAAGAGACUAAAUGAGCUUGCUGACUGUGGAAGUGUUUCGGCUGCAUAAUUAUAUUGGAGAUUAGGAUCCAAAACUUCUUCUGUAACGUGGAAAACCAUUAACCCUAUAGCAAUUUUGGUAGGCUUAUCAUGAUGAAAACAUGUUUCAUCAGACAGUUCAAGAAAUCUCUACACUACACUCUUUUGCACCAUCAAGGAUCUCUGCCUUUUUUCCUUCAAAAUCAUAUUAUACACUAAAUUUAAUAAAGGAAAAAUGCUUCAUGAAAA